CGUUCCGUCUCGCUCGGCCACACCUGCAAAGCAGACCGAGGGAAGUCCGCCCGCCCCGUGGUGGCGCAGACCCACGAACGUCAGCGCGAGCGGAGGCAGCGGUCGGAGCGAUUGAGUCGCUUCCACGGGAAUCGGUGAUCCGCUGGAGGCUCGGAUGAAUUCACCCACUGGUGCAUUGACAGCACCUGCAAUUCGGAUAGAAAGCAAGCUCAGACCGGUGCAGAACGCCGGGGAACAGCCGGCAUCAGCUGAGUGCACAGAUGAGGACUGCCGCCCCUUGCAGGUUUCUAUUCAUGCCUUGGACAUGGAAUCAGAACGGUGAAUGUGGAGCCAUAGAUGUAUGCAGCCUGGGCUAGGGGACCCGAAUUGAUUACAAAAGGGACCAGUGUGGACAAACAGGCAGGUGAUUUGGUACAUUUACAACAUUGUAUUCUAUUCCCACAGUAGAGCUUCUCCAGCCACUUGGGAGAUCUCCCGGUUAACAUCCAAAGUGACCCCCGUUAAAACCCCUGGACUCGCCGGUCCCAGCAGCGGUAGCUGUCAGUGAAGGUGACAUGACUUGAAAGGAUUCUUAAGUGGAUUCUUUUCCCUCUGUGGUGGUGGCUGCCUUAUUUAUCAGGCUGGGAGUGGCGGCAGGAUGCCUGAACUGGACGACUUUCCCCCCCUGAGGGGACCUAGAGGCUCUGAAAUGGGCCUCCACGGGCCCGCUGACCCAAUUCGGAUUCAACACAACAUCCUGGAGGAGCAAGUCGAGCUGUGGUGGUUCAGAGAACCAGGGAAGUCUCUGUUGUGUUACUGCGUCGCUGUUUUUCUAAUCCUGGGCUGUGGGCUCGGAGGUGUUGGUCUGCUCUCCACCACCACCAGCGUCUCAAGUGAAUGGCGGUUGGGUGCGGGCACCGCGCUCUGUCUGCUCGCCUUGGGGGUUCUGCUCAAACAGCUGCUCAGCUCCGCCGUGCAGGACAUGAAUUGCGUUCGAAGCCGACAGCAGAUUGACAUGCUAAAAAGCGGCGGAUUAUCUGACUUUCUCGUGGUUUUGAUUACCGGGCUGUCGCUGCUCAUUUGCGGAGGAGUUCUACUGCAUCUGGCCCUGGUGAACCACAUGCCUAAACCGGGCCAAGCACUUAAUGACAUGUACAUCUCUGGAGUGGUGUUGCUGACUGGAGGGGGUGCUGCAGUGGUGGGGGUUGGAAUAUACUCCGUUGUGGUCAUCCUACUGGAGAGGACGCGGCACAGACAAAGAUUUGUGGACCGUAUUUUCAACAUCUUCACCAUCUCCGGACACAUGAACCACCAGGCUCGUAGAGAAACUACCUCCAGUCUGGCCAACCUCAUAUGAGACGUAACAGCAGGAUUACUGCUUUUGGAAAAAUGGCAAAAAAUGAUCAUUCAUUGCAAGAUGACAGCGGAAGCCAAACAGUAGCGACAAGAAUGGAUGACAAUAUUAAAGACUAACCAACUAACUGAGAUGGACUCAAGUUCACAGCCAGACAUUGUGCUAUAUGAAACGUUUAUAUUGGAUAGCAUUGGUAGCAUUAUUGCAUCGGCUGGAAAGGCAGUAUUAACCGGUCGGACGUGUAACAAAGCAUCCUGAGCAGCAGUUUCUCCCGGAUUCUCACCUUAGAGACUUUAAAAUCAAGUCAUAGGUGCCUUUGGAAGAGACUUUGCCCCCACCCCCCCCCACACACAGAAGUAUUGGACCAGUGAAUCCUAGUCCUAAUUGACACAAACAUUUGGUUUUGACAUCCAUAGAUGAAUAUGAGACCAGGUAGCAGCAUUACAGCUUUUAUUUCUGAUGGAUGAAUUUUAGAGGCCACCCUCGGACAUCUCUGUGUGGAGUUUGCAUGUUCUACGGGUUUUCUUGCGUGGGUUUUCUCCGGGUACUCCGACUUCCUCCCCAAAACAUGCUAGGUUAAUUCAUUCAUUCUUUCAUUCAUUUUCUACCGCUUUUUCCU